UCUGACGUCAUCGCACCGGGUGGUCAGCUGCGCGGCGUGUGCGCGCUUUUGGAGCAGCAAGAGUGCAACAUUGUUCCAGGUUCUUGCUGACAAUGACUUGUUCGUCGCUCCUUUGGAGGAAAAGGAAGGAGGUGACGACAAUGAUGACGAUGGUGGCGCACACUUCGCGGGCAGCCAGGCAGGAGAAUUGACCGUCCGACCCGACGGAGCCGAAGCCCUGGCCGGAGUAGUUUACCUGUCAAGCCGAAUUUGCCGCAAAGGAUCCCCGCGGCGAGGAGGCAAAAAUGCCGCGGAGGAAACAGUCUAAUCCGCAGCCCGUUAAAUUGGAGUUGGAAGAUGGCGGCGUGGCAGGCAACACGGGUUGUCUGCUUCUGGACGAUGACAUCCGGCUGAGUGGAGACUUGGGCUUUGGCAAGUCUGAAAUUUUGGCUUUGGAUGCCGAUUCCGAUCAUUCAGGACUCACAGAAACAGCGUUCCCACAGUUCCUCUCAUGUAAAGGUUGUGGUCAACUUCUUUGUGACACGCCACUGGGAGCAGCGUUUGAUCAUGGACUGGACUGUGAUCUUAAGUCGGACCUCUACUGUCUCACCUGCGAAAGCGAUUUCCAGGGUGCGGCCUCCAUCAAAUCCAGGCAGGCGGCGGACGCCAAGAUGGCCGACGGAUCCCUGGUCGGUACGUCGGACAGGAAGAAAAGAAGUAAAAUGGGCGCGACUGGCGAGCUUCCUCCUAAAGUCUACUCCUGCUCACUGUGCACCUUCACGUCCCGUUACUCCAAUCACCUGAAACGGCACAUGCACAUCCACGCCGGAGAGAAACCGUACCGCUGCCCCGUUUGCCCCUACGCUUCCACGCAGCUCGUCAACCUGAAGCGCCACGCGCGCACGCACACGGGAGAAAAGCCGUACCGCUGCCAUCAGUGCAGUCACGCCUGCAGUUCCCUCGGCAACCUGCGCCGGCACCAACGCAUGCACGAGAUGGAUCGGCGGCCGAGGAGGGGCAAGGAGACGACGAGAGCCGGUGGGAGAAAAGUCAAGGGGAAAAGCGAAAAAGCCGUCUCCAACCGGAUGCGGCAAGUUUCUCAGGAGUCGGCUUACCUGCAGGCGCAGGACAGGCUGAGCUCGCCCGCCGGCUCGUUGCCUGUCCUGCUGUUUCCGCUGUGCUGCCGGCGGUGCGGCCUCACGCUGGACGCCAUCGACAUGGAGGACAGCGAUACGCAAGUGUGUCAUCGUUGCUCGUUGGACCCGCUGGUCAAAGAUGGCGUUGAUUGUUCAAGAAGUCAGUUUGGGCCUCUGGAGUCGCACCAAGGUGGCAACCAGCCCUACCGCUGCCCUUUGUGUCCCUUUCUAUCGCACUACCCCCACCACCUGGCCCGCCACGCCCACAUCCACGCCGCGGAGAAACCUCACCGCUGUCCGCAGUGCUCCUACACUUCCUCCCACCUGGACAACCUCAAGCGCCACCUGCGCGUGCACACGGGCGAGAAGCCCUACCAAUGCCCGUCGUGCAGCUACGCCUGCGGCAACCUGGCCAACCUGCGGCGCCACGAGCGCAUCCACUCGGGCGCCAAGCCUUUCCACUGUGACAUUUGCGGCUACUCGUGCAACCAGAGCAUGAACUUGAAGAGACACAUGUUGCGACACACCGGCGAGAAGCCGUACGCCUGCGGCGAGUGCGACUACACCACGGGACAUUUGGACAACUACAAACGACAUCAGAGGAAACAUGGCGUGGACAACUGGGACCGGCCGGGGGCCCAACAUGACCUCGGCUGGGCCGAAGAACACCAGGAGAACCAAGGGCGCGAUUAAUAUCGACUUUCCAGAGAUGGUGAUUUUGAAAAUUGGUGGUUAAGACUAGAUUUCAAUGAACCUUAUCUCUGGAACUUCUGUCACUCCAUCUCAGGGAACAACUCACCUCUGACGCCUUGGCACUGACAGACUAAGGACUGUAAAGUUGAUAUCAAUUCCGUCCGAUUAGCACUGCUUCUCAAUUGAGUAUUUUUGGUGCGCAUUUGAUUGUUUCUAGUUUGAAAUUUUUGGCAGCAUUGAUGUCUGGAUUACUGUUGACUUUUGAAACAUUCUGAUGUCAUUUCCCAAAUAAAAUAGUGAAUAAGAUGCUCGUUGGA